AUGUCUUCAUUUCUCGACUCGAAUCUCUUAAAAAGCUCCAUCAUUCAGUCUCUCUCCAUAGAUUACUGGGAACGCGGUUCACACAUGUGGGGAAGCGUGAGUGAUUGGGAUAUCUACUAUAUUAAUAGUAUACCUGGAGUGUCUAAAGCGCAAGCGCACAGUGCUCUUGGAAUUGAACUGGGAAUUAUUCUUGAAGAACUAUCACCAAAAGAUCGGGAUUAUUACAAGGCAGUGGAUUUGAAGAGAUCUUUAAAGAACUGUAAAAGUGACCAGGUUAACAUCGAGUUAUGGCAAGAACACUCCGUAAAGCUAGGAAAGUUGGCUGUUGAGAAUAGAGUUCAUAAAUGCGAGAUCCUAAUGACCGGAAUAUGUGCAGUGACCAGAGCAGUGACGAACGAAUUUACAUCUCUAAAGCGGAAGUCUGAUAAGCCCCACUCUCCAGACAACGAUAAUGAUGAAACUUCGGAAAAAAAAGCGAGAGUAGAAGAUGAAAAUCAGGAAACAAUUGAUUAUGGUAAUAAUUUAUCUGAUAACAGUAACGAACAACGCAUAUCACAGUCUUCUGCCGAAGAUAAUUUAGCCAAGAAACUUAAUAAUCAGAGUGAAAAUUUAUGUAAGAAAUCUACAGAAGAAACCUCUCCAGCCGACUUUGAUCUAAAUAAGUUUCGAAAAGAACUCAUCGAAGAUCUUAGUGCAAGCUUUCGUAGUGAACUCCAAAAUAUCAAGAUGGAAGUGGAAAAAAUUAAGUCUCAUGUGAAAAUAUCUUGA